AUGGUAGAGGGUGUGAAAUUCACAGUAGUAAACAGUACAGGAGAGCUGUUUGAGGAGAACGAGGAACAGAGAAUGUUCGCAGUGCACGAGAAAGCAGAGAAUUUGAGACAAAAAUACGCAGAACGAGUUGAAGAAAUUCAGGCAGCACGAAAUUACGUGGAUAUGGAUAUGGAAAUAGACAAAUUGAAAAUGGCAUGGCCAGCUCUCUUUGGACUUGAUGAUCCCGAUGAAUUCUACGUCCACGUUGAUUUGGACAGCUACUACGCAUCCGUUGAAACACUAUUGAAUCCAAAACUAAAGGAUGUUCCACUUGCAGUUGGAAGCAUGGCAAUGAUUGCAACAAGCAACUACAAAGCAAGAGAAUAUAACGUAAAGGCAGGUAUGCCAGGGUAUCACGCUAAGAAACUCUGUCCUCAUCUUGUUAUAAUACCACCACAAAUGAAUCAGUACAAUUAUUAUUCUGAAGUGAUCAUGGAAAUAUUAAGCUGUUACGACACUCAGAUUGAAAUAUACGGAAUUGAUGAGUCGUGUAUGGUAUUCAAUGAGGAUAAAUUAGUUCAGGCCUAUGAAUAUCACAACAGUACAAAUGCUAAAAAUGAUCAGAUAAAAUAUGGUGGAUUCAAUACCACCAGUAUAUCAAAAUUAGUAGAAAAAAUACGACAAACAGUCUACAACAAAACAAAACUAACAAUCAGUGCAGGAAUAUCACUAUGUAGAGGUCACGCAAAGUUUGCAUCCAACAUAAACAAGCCAAAUGGACAACUGUGUAUUAUAGACAAUUUUGAUCAAUACAUAUUAAACCUACCCUGUGACAAAAUAAAUGGGAUUGGGAAAAUGACCAAAUUGCGGCUGUCGAAGACGUUUCAAGUGACAACAGUGGCUGAUUUACGAAACAAACAUGCAGAAUGUGCGUUGGUCUUUCCAACCAAAACAUUUCUGAAUGUGUUCAGGUUGUCAUUUGGGUUCUCUCAAUUUGAUUUCGCACAUUCAUCAAAAUACAACAGCAACUUCAAAUCAAUUGGAAACAGCUACACAAUCAGAAAAACAACGAGCUAUGUCGAAACAGUGCAACGACUGUACGAGAUAUCGCAACAAGUGUGGCAAAGAAUGAAGAAAUGUGACAUGUAUGGAAUGGUGGUGACUCUUGUGAUAAAAUAUAGCACAUUUAAGCUUGUUACACGGAGGAAGAAGAUUAAUUUUGUGAUGAAAAGGCACAGAGAACUCUUUGAGACAGUGGUAGAGCUGUUACAGGAGAAUGUGGUGAUGAAUGAGAGCAAAAUGAAGGUAGUGGACGAGGAAAUCAGGAUGCUGGGCGUAACUGUAAGUGACUUAUCAAAACGAAGCAACCUGAAGACAUUAGAGGAAUUUGUGGUGGAAAAGAAGGCAAUAGAUCCACGGAAGUGUUUCCUGUGCCAGAAGCUGUUUCUUCACGAAUCAGAUGUUGUAUUCGAGUCACACGUAAACAGGUGCGUAGACAAGGCAGAACGAGACGAAAAAGAAGCCAAAAAGAGAAUCGACUAUUAUAUAAGGAAGAAAUAG